AUGGUAAAUGUGGAAAACUCUGAGACAAAAAAUAUAACCGUGUCAGCGAUGCAGGGAGAUUCUUUCACUCUCCGUACUGGUCUCACUGAAAUCCAGAGCAAAACGGUUGAGUGGCGGCGGCACUUUGGAUCGAGCAGAACUCGUAUAAUCAAAAUAGAGGCGGGAGACAUUUCUAAAGACAAUAUCACGAUAUUCAGAGACAGACUGCAGCUCGAAAGACAGACUGGAGAUCUCACCAUCACAAACAUCACUAAUGAACACACUGGAGUUUAUGAACUAAGUAUCGAUCUCGGACCGAGUGAGUUAAAAACUAAAUUCAUUGUCACUGUUUAUGCUCCUGUGCCUGUUCCUGUCAUCACCAGAUACUCUCCACAGUGUUCAUCAUCAUCAUCAUCAGGGUUCAAAAGUGUGCUGCUGUGUUCAGUGGUGAAUGUGGGUCAUGUGACUCUCUCCUGGUACAAAGGAAACAGUUUAUUGUCCAGCAUCAGUGUGUCUGAUCUCAGCAUCAGUCUCUCUCUACCUCUGGAGGUGGAAUAUCAGGAGAAAAACACCUACAGCUGUGUAGUGAACAAUCCUGUCAGCACCCAGACCAAACAUCUGGACAUCGAUCAACUCUGUCAGACAUGUUCAGACUGUGACUACUACAGGAGUCAAACGACUGAAGCUGUGAUCCGAUUGGUCGUCUCUGCUGUGGUGGGCGUGGCUGCUGUUGCAGCUGUUGUUGUACUAGUUUAUGACAUCAGAUCCAGAAGAACUGGACUGGAGAGGAAAACUAAGUUCACCAAACAGUAA